GUUAGGUGUACUUUUAUGUUGAAUAUAUUUUAAAGAAUUCUUAUGAAAUACCCAACAUAUAUUUUCAAAACAAAUGAAGGAUCUUUGCAACAUAACCAAUGUCUCUGUGAUAUAGAUCGAUGAGAUCUAAUGCUCAGAAAUUUACACCUCCUAAUUACCAAUUUUGCUCUGAAAUUCUAUCGCUCUGUGUCUUUAGUUUAUAGAGAUGAUGAUGUGGAGAUUAAGGAUGUUAGAUUCAAUUUUGAUUUGGGUUAUCAUAGUAUUAUCACCAUUGGUGGAUGCAAUGCGAUUUGAGUUGAUAUCUGGAACGUCAAAAUGUAUAGCAGAGGACAUUAAGCACGAUGCCAUGACUGUUGGCAAAUACUCUCUCGUCAAUCCUAACGACGGUUACCCUCUGCCCGAUAACCACAAAGUCACUGUUCGGGUCACUUCUCCAUACGGGAACAAUUAUCACUUCAUGGAUCAUGUAGAAUCUGGUACAUUUGCCUUUACAGCAUCUGAGGGAGGUGACUAUAUGGCUUGUUUUUGGGCAGCAGAUCAUAAGCCACCACUAAACUUGUCAAUUGACUUUGAUUGGAAAUCUGGUGUUGCUGCUAAAGAUUGGUCUAAAAUUGCCAAGAAAGGCCAGAUUGAAGUGAUGGAAAUUGAGCUGCAGAAGCUGUUCGAUAUAAUCACUUCCAUUCAUGAUGAGAUGUUUUAUCUUCGCGAACGGGAGGAAGAAAUGCAAGAAUUAAACAGAGCAACUAAUUCCAAAAUGGCCACUUUUACUGUACUAUCUUUACUUAUUUGCUUGUCCGUGGCUGGUCUCCAAGUUUGGCAUUUGAAGUCAUUUUUUGAAAAGAAGAAGCUUAUCUAAUUGUAAUCUUUACAUUUUUCAUAUUUUGUCUAUUCACCUUUAAGCACCUUUGUCCUUAAUUUCCAUCUGUAAGUUUUUUGCUUGCAAGUGUUUAUGGUUGAAGUUAGUUACUUCCAAAAGCUUGUUUAUGUUCA